AUGCCUUCGUCAGAAGACAACACCAACAGGUGGCUGGAUGUCCAGGCGGGGCAGGAUGACCCGGAGCGACCUCAAAUGCUCAAUGGCGCUGAGUCGACUGCUGACGCCGAGACGAAUGCCACAUCGGGGUCCACUCCGUUGCCGAGUACUCUCUCAUGCUCGCACAAUACCGCAGGCGGCAGCCAGUGCAUGCUUCUGGGGAUCGACAUCUCAACUCCGGAGGGGAGGGAGCGGGUCGAAGCGCUCCUCGCCUCUCAUACGACCUCUCCACCGGAUCACUCAUCGACCUCCGCAAGCCGACGCUCUGGAGGCGCCGGAGCUGCUGCCAGAGCGAGACAAGCUGACAUCGUGGCCCAGUCACGCCGCCGCAUCGAAGAGGUUCGCGAGCGCAUCGCAGCGACUCGCCUGCGCCUCGCUGCCUCUUGCCAGGAAGUACCGACCCGGACAGCAUCGACGUGGAGUUUCCCAUCCGAGUCGGGAUCCACAGUGCAGCCGGUGCGCGAGUGGGUCGAGAACGGUAUACACUACACCGUCGGCGGAAACACGGGCCCUUUCAACCCGCGCCACCCGGAGAAUGCUCGGCCCGAGGGAGGUGGGAACGACACUGACGAAGAACACUGA